AUGCAGUUCUCUGCUACCCUCAUCGUUCUCGCUGCCGCCGUCUUCUUCGGCGCUGACGCUGCUCCUGCUGGCAACGUCCGCCGAGACAAACCUGUCGUCAGUGAAGGCAUCCCCAACCUCGUCAAGUAUGUUGGCGCUGGCGAAAAAGACAAGGCCUUCAUCCCAGAGGGUGCCGGUGUGAUCAACACAGACAAGGUCGUCCCUCUACAGUAUGUCCCCAAGGCCAAACCAGUCCCCCCCAUCGCAAAAGAGGGCGACGGCAAGGUCGACACAAACGUCCCCACCACCAAAGAUGGCGACGACAAGACCGACGCAGGCGUCCCCACCAUCAAAGAGGGCGACGGCAAGGUCAACAACACAGACAUCGCAACCCCCGAAGCCCCCGACUCCUCAGUCGACGACUUCGUCCAGCACGGGGGCGCACUCUGUCAGCACCAGGAGAUGAAACGCCGCGUCCUCCACGCCUACUCGCUCAAGGCCUACUCGGGAGUCGACGACGCCCCCAAGGUCUGCGGCGAUCUCUGGCGCAACCUCAGACGCUUCAGUGGCUGCUUCGCCGCCUCGGACGCUUCCUGCCGCGCGGGCACCGACAAGGGCGAACUGAUCUGGCACUUCGUCGCCUCCACCUUCUGCAACGUCGGCAUGGUCCAAGCCGCCUGGUACGAGGCUACCCAUAACAAAUAUGGCGCCGCUGAGUGCAAGGAUGUGGAGCAGUUGGGCUUCCGUUAA